AUGGAGGCGGCAAUGAAGGAUGAAGGAAUUCAAACCGGAACGUCAUCGUCCUCGUCGUCGUUUACGUCGUAUGCGGACACGCCAAGCAAACGACGUGGCCCUGACAAUGGCGUCGUCAAAUGGCCCUCAUUUGGUCAGCCCAAUCUUCUCCACGGUGAAUUGGAUCCGCCAAGUGCGAAGUGGCUCGAAAGAUUUAUGUCCACUUAUUUCUUGUGCGAGUUGUGCCACAGGAUUGUGAUGGAUCCCGUGCAGAUUUUGCCAAACACUAUGAUGACGUGUAGAAGGUGUGCGCUUUCGAGACGAGUCUCCACCGACGCCAUGGCAGAGUUGCCCUUGGGUGUUGUGCAGGCGUUUGAAGAACUCUGCGAAGCACACAGACGCCAUCAAAAACCCCGUGUAUUUACUUCACCAGAGGCGGGGGCGACCAAAAAUGCCGGGGACGAUUCGAUCGCCGGCCGACGUACUGUGCGAGUCAAACGCAACGACGCCAUUCCAGGGAGCAGGGUGGUCAAGUCAAUACCCUCCCGCACAAAUGCAGAUUCAAUCAAUGCGGCCAAACCAGCUGCUAUUGAGCAGGAGGUUAGGGAUAUUGGCGAAGAGGAGUUUCUUCAAAGGGAGGCGAUAGAUAGAAUGGAGGCAGAUGAACGCUUGGAGUUACUGAAGAAGCAUUCUGCUUCUGUGCGAAACAUCAAGGGACGCAACCGAAAUAGCAGUAAAGCACUGAAGGCCGAAGCGGACGCUACGUACGAAAAGGCGGAGUAUACCAUGGCAUUAGAGUUGUAUUCAAAAGCCAUUGAACAGCAACCCCUUGAUCGUCUGACUCGUCUCAGUGCUCUGCAUGGGAAUCGAAGUUCUGCAUACUUCAUGGCGCAACGCUACAGUGAUUGCAUUUCCGACUGUCUUAAAGUGAUAGCGCUGGAGCCUGGCAAUGUUCGGAUGUAUACACGGGCGGCGAAAGCGGCAGCAAUUAUGGGAGAUAUUGCCCGCGCAGUCGCCCAAAUGGAAACAAUACCAGAGAACCUGAUAACAGAUAGCAUUCUUGCUGAAAAGAAAAAGUACAAGAGUGGGCUUGAUUUGUUUCAGCGUGCUGAGCGUGUUUUUGGAACGGCGGAGGGAGAUGAGAUUUGGCUCAUGCUGGUUGCUCAAUUCAGUGAUACGAUUCCCUUUCGUCUGCGUUACGCGGAGUCGUUGUUCAAGCAGAAACGUUACCUGAAGGCGGUGGAGGCGUUAGAGGUGGUGUCACCUUCCCGUCGCUCCCCAAAGUUGUGGUACAUGAUGGCAAACUGUUUGUACCUUUCAGGAUUUGAGCACUUUGAAAAGGCGCGUUCAUGCCUUACCGACGUCCAACAACUGGAUGACAAUUGCGCUAAUCUUCUGAAGCUGAUCAAUUUGGUCGAUGAAGGCAAACAGAAGGGAAAUCAUCUUUUUCAACAGAAGAAAUUUGCAGCCGCCGUGGAGCACUACACUUCUGCAAUUAACGCCGCAGAAAAUAACAAUCAAAUCUUGCGCAUCUUGUACUGCAAUCGGGCUGCCGCACACAAGGAACUGGGAAAAUUUCGAGAGGGUGUUGAGGAUUGCACAAAUGCCAUUCAAUUGGAUGCGGAAUUCUCGAAGGCAUAUGCCCGCCGUGCACGUUGCCAGCAACAACUGAGUAACUUUUCGGCGGCCAUCCGGGACUUCAAGAGCGCCAUACAGUACGACCCGAGCGACCAUGAACUAGUACGUGAGCUGCGUCACUGUGAACACGGCCUGGUGAAGGAGGCGGAGCGUGAGAAGGAUUACUACUACGUUUUGGGUGUCAGCCGUAACUCCAGCGAACGCGAAAUUAAAUUGAAAUAUCGCGAACUUUCUCUUCGUUGGCACCCCGAUAAAUGCAUUGCGCUUCCAGAUGAAGAGCGUGCGCAAGCGGAGCGCAAAUUUAAGAUUAUUGGUGAGGCUCACACAACUCUUAUCGACCCUGUGAAGCGGCGUGAGUAUGACCUCAAGCUAGACCGUGAUCGCAUGACGCGUUCAGGUGCAUUUUCCGGAUUCGCCACUUACAGCAGCGACACCUUCCGCGGACAGGCGAGUCGUUAUCGCUCCGGCACCAGCGGAUUUUGGUGA